AUGUCGACGCUCAAUCUCACGGGUCACCCUGACCCCAAGCUGCGCUCUGAUCCGGUUCUCCUUCAGGCACUCGAGUCGUAUGUCGAACCCAUCAAGAGCGCGCUUGCUCAGCAGAACAUCGAUGCCAGCGCCAUUCCUUGCAAGACUGGCUCAUUCUCGGCUUCCGACCUUGCAGCAUUAGUGUACGACUUGCAAAACUUCCAAGAAGAAUUGCUCGGCGUCAACGCUCCUCGUCCUGCCAACCCUUCCGCAUCUACCCCACAGUCACGACACCCCGUCCGCAUUCCUGCAGAGCUCUUCCUCUCCACAUCUUCACAACAGAGCACAUCCGUUGUCGCACCAGAAUCCAGCCAUCUCCGACUGCUCCUGCAAGAGGCGCUAGCUUAUCUCGCUUUCAAGGGCAAGUCCACAUGGAACUUCUCCGACCCUACCCAAAAGCCCGAUAACGUUCAACUCAUCGCACAUGUCCGUCAACAACUCACAAAAGCUGGCGCGCUAGAGCACCCUACUAUUGCCGUAUCCCCUUCCAUCACCGAAGCAGAGGCUGCCUCGCUCAAGCAGAUGGCCGAGCAGCUCGAAUGCAAGUGGUCCGACGAUGCUACUAGCGCAACACACGUUCUAUACCCAUCCGAUGUCACGCCGCCAUCUUCGCCUAAGCUCGGCGAGUCAUCUGCCUCGACCGAAACCAGCAACUCAGAAGAAUACUUCAGAACCAUCGCUUCCAGGUCCGGGCGCGCUCUCAUCCACGUUUGGUACCGACCGGACUCCUACGACACCUGGUUGCCUGCUGCCGACUUUGCCGAUCCGGAUCCGGCUCCUGAGAAGCGUCUGCCAUGGAAGGUCGGAGCUAAAUGGCUCCGCGACAGUGUUCGAUUCAACGAGCUCAUGAACACAGAAGAUUAUGAACAGGAGGAGGCCCUCGAGUCUACUACUGACGCAGCUGACGCAACCGAUGUUAGUGCCACUGCUGGCGAUAUCAAGAAGGGAAAAAAGCGUGGCCUCCCCGAAGAGAUUACCGAUGCUUCCUCCGCCUCGGCCGCCGCAGAGUCCAAUGGCAAGCGUAUCAAGCUGCUUGUCGCUGCUCGGCCUGUCGGCGCCAUUCCUAUUGACCUUUCUGGUUCGCAGCCCAUUCCAGGCAAAAAGUAUGAAAACGAGGCAGUCCCAAGCGGCGUCCUUGGCAACUUGCCAUCCGAGUCAGCCGGUCCUACUAAGCUCGAAGGUGAACAGCCAGCUGUGCGAGCAGCUAAUGAUGCUGACGCGACCAUGUCUGACGGCACUGCUGAUAAGCCCAAGUCUGCAGAUGUUGCGGUUGAAGAGCCCACCGAGGCUACUGCAGAUGCCAACGCACCCGUCAUCCAGCCUGAUGCUGCCGCUGUUGAACAGCAACGCAUCCGUGCUGAGGAGAUCGCCAAGAAGUACCUCGCUUCGCAGACUCAGGAGGUCAUCAUCCCUUCCUACUCGACCUGGUUCGACAUGUCGACCAUCAACGCCAUCGAAAAGCGAUCUCUUCCUGAAUUCUUCAACAACAAGAACCGUAGCAAGACACCCAGCAUCUACAAGGACUAUCGCGACUUCAUGGUCAACACCUACCGCCUCAACCCGAGCGAGUAUCUCACCUUCACUGCUUGCCGAAGAAACCUUGCUGGUGACGUCUGCGCCAUCAUGAGGGUUCAUGCUUUCCUCGAGCAGUGGGGUCUCAUCAACUAUCAGAUUGAUCCCGAGACUCGACCUGCCACCCUCGGCCCUCCCUUCACCGGUCACUUCCGUGUUCUUGUCGACACGCCAAGAGGUUUGCAGCCCUUGCACCCCGGAACUAGGGUCAACUUGCCGACUUCGGCUUCUGCCUCGGCUGGUCCUGAAGGCGCUGCUGCCGCAGGCGGAGACAAGCCCAACAUGAACCUCGAGCUGAGAAAGACCAUCUUCCAGUCGACAAUGAAGGGAUCCAAGCCUGUCGACCUUGCGGAGGCCAACUCGCUUGCUGCUCAAGCCGAUGCCACCAUCGCCAGCGACGCUGGCGGAGCUCCUCGCUACACCUGCGACACCUGCGGUACCGACUGCACUCGUGUCCGAUACCACAGCAUCAAGGCCAAGAACUAUUCGCUCUGCCCGUCAUGCUACCUCGAAGGUCGAUUCCCCAGCUCCAUGUAUUCGGGUGACUUUGUUCGCAUGGAAGACAUUGUUCUCAAGCAGACCGGUGGUGUCACUGGUGGAGCUUCUGGUGCACAAGAUGACUGGACCGACGCUGAGACACUGCGUCUGCUUGAAGGUCUUGAGAUGUUCGAUGAUGACUGGUCGGCUGUCAGCAACCACGUCGGCACAAGGAGCCGUGAGCAGUGUAUCACCAAAUUCAUUCAGCUGCCUAUCGAGGAUGGAUUCUUAGAUGGUGCUUCGCAGGCUGAUCUCGGACCUCUGCAGUACGCACGUCGCGAUCAGGUCGACAAGCUGGGUAAGCCCAUCGUGCCGUUCGCUCAGGUUGACAACCCUGUCAUGAGCGUGAUUGCCUUCUUAGCCAGUGCUGUCAACCCUGCUGUUGCCGCCGCUGCUGCGCAGAGUGCACUUGGUGAGUUGACGGACAACCUCCGCAAGCGAGCAAACCAGGAGAAGGCCGCAUCGGGUGACAAGGAUGCAUCCACUACAGCCGACGCCGCCGAUGCGGAGAAGACCAAGGAGAACGGCGCUAAGGGCGAUGCUAUGGACGUUGACGGUGAUGCUGCUUCCGCUGCCGAGCCCAAGACUACCACUGCUGUUGGCGAGAUCACUGACGAUUCCGGCGCAGUUGCGAAGAAGGGCGCAGUGCCACGAAACGCAGUCGAGCGUGCCGCCGCCAUUGCACUCGGUGCUGCUGCUGCCAAAGCUCACGUCCUCUCCUCGUUCGAAGAACGUGAAUGCCAGCGUCUCGUCGGUCAAGUCAUUGAGGCUCAACUUCGUAAACUCGAACUCAAGAUGACCCAGUUCGAAGAACUCGAAUCUCUUCUUGAAGCUGAAAGACGCUCUGUUGAGGCCGGCAGGAGACAGUUGUAUGCCGACAGGUUAGCUGUGCAGAAGCAGUCGGCGUUGGUGAAUGAACUGUUGGCAAAGGCGGCUAGAGAGCCUGAGAAGGUCUCGCGGGAAGAGCUGGUAAAGGCUUCAAGUGCGGCUAAUGGAUUGCCUCAGCAGGGACCUGUUGUGCGAGAGGCACAGGUUGGCGGAGAGGCGCCGACGGGUGGAAACGUUGGGCAGAUCGGUUGA